UGAGACCGCAAUGUUGGAAAGUCCUUCAGUCUCGACCCCAGACUGGAUCGACUGAGCUACAUUGCACGAGGCAUCAAUAAGGAAAAAAAGAAAAAAAGAAAAAAAAAAGCUUGUGGAUGAGAUUAUCUUGCCCGAAAAUAUCAGCUUUUUCUUAUUCUUCUACCCGUCUUAGUCGAAUUUCUUCCUAAUUUUCCUGCAAAAUUCUGCAUUUUUCUUCAAGUUCAUCUGCUCUCUGUUGACUGCAAAGAUGGGGUUUAUCCCCUUUUAGCGGAAGAUUAAAGGUCUCGUCCUUCCAGUAUUCGGUGAUGGGUUUGCUCACUGUAGGCGGGUACAGGGCGACAACCUGCGGAGCCUUCAACUGCUCUGUUUUGAGAAACCAUGGCCGGAAAGGGAUUCCGAGAGCCAACUACUUCGAUAGUGGAGCUGGGGAAUUUCGCUGUUAAAUCCUCGGCGAAGAGAUUGAGGAAACGCAGCAAGCCCAGGAAAGGUGAUGAUGUGGGAAUUGAUGAGAGCUUAUUGGAUGAGAAGAAGGGCCGGAAUUCUGCAGAUGGAUCGUCCUUAAAAGUUGAUCUUGCUCAAGAAGAUGAUAGUUCGUAUGUGGGAGCAUCUGCUGCUCAGGGCUCAGUGGUUAUGCCCUCUAGAGAUGCAGUUCUUCAAGCAUGUGUAGUCACUUCAGGGUUGCUGGCUGCCCUUGGGGCCGGUAUUCGGCAGGUGUCCCAUAUUGCAUUCAUGGAAGGAUUGCCAGUCACUGAUUGCACCAAGGAAGUGACAUUUGGUUUUGAGAUGUGGCAUCUUGAGUUGAUUACAGGACUUGUGAUUCUCAUAUCAUCAUCUCGGUACCUUCUUCUCAAGACGUGGCCUGAUUUUGCCGAGUCUAGUGAAGCAGCGAAUCAACAGGUUCUUACUUCCCUCGAAUCUUUGGAUUACCCCAUAGUCGCUUUUUUCCCUGGAAUCAGUGAGGAGCUUCUUUUUCGUGGUGCUCUGAUGCCAGUAAUAGGACUCAACUGGACAAGUGUCCUCGUAGUUGCUUCCAUAUUUGGAGUUCUGCACUUAGGGAGUGGGCGGAAGUAUUCCUUCGCUGUUUGGGCAACCUUUGUUGGAUUUAUGUACGGUUGGGCAACAAUUGCUUCGGGGAGCAUCGUUGUGCCCAUGGUUUCCCACGCAGUGAACAAUCUUGUUGGUGGAAUCUUGUGGCGGUUCGACUCAGACUCGUCAAAGCGGGAACCAAGGUGAACCUUUCUUUUGUAAACGAGAACUCUGAGAAGGUAUAGUAUAGAUGUACAUCACAGUCGAAUUUAGUUCGAGAUUCCUGAGGGGGCACUUCGAUGAACCGAAGCGUGUGGUGGAGUUUGACAGACACAAGGUGGUCCAGCAUGAAACGUGCAGCGGUUCUCCUCAUGUUUCAAUCGGUGGUGCAUAUGAAACGUUGAUUUGGAAUCAAGUUACUGUAUGUUCGAUCUUGUUAUUUUAUUUUAGCUUUUCCAUUUCUCGGUUACAAGAGAGACCGGAAUAAAAAUCAAAGAGAAACACCCACACGCACAUGCACCAAAUCAAGUGUCAUGAUUCAA